AACCCCCGUAUGUACUCGCAGCUUUGUGUCCGGUAGAAACAUGUCGGUUCGGAGAGAGCCCAGUGGGGGGACUGCAGCGUCUACGGAACACACACCUGACCCAUAAACAGCAGCUACCAGGACGACAAGCGACUGUCCACGAACUACUGUGGCUACGUUGUUUUUUCGCAGCAGCGGGCCAGCCGAGGGCUAAUGGUCGGAUAAAACCUGUCAAUCGGGACCUUAUCCGAGCACUCGCAGGCAGGCAGGUGGUCGGGCCAGUGAGAGAGGGACAGUGUGUUCUGGCUGUUAUCAUAACGAACUUUCUCUUUGCUAGGGGAUGUUAUCUGUACUGUCUUAUGGCAGACUUGUAGCCAGGGCUGUCCUAGGCGGACUGUCUCAGACGGAUGGUCGGGACUACAGCCUGAUCAGUGCCAGCUAUGGCUUCGGUAAAGACUUUCGUAAAGGAAUCCUGAAGAAAGGGAUGUGCUACGGAGAUGAUGCCUGCUUUAUAGCGCGACACAGGUCGGCCGAUGUUCUAGGUGUUGCUGAUGGAGUAGGUGGUUGGCGGGACUAUGGCGUCGACCCGUCUCAGUUCUCUGCCACCUUGAUGAGAACCUGUGAGCGGCUGGUGAAGGAGGGACGCUUUACUCCCAGUAAUCCGGUGGGAAUUCUGACCUCUGGUUACUACGAGCUCUUACAAAACAAAGUCCCUCUGCUAGGAAGCAGCACGGCCUGUAUUGUGGUUCUGGAUCGAAGGAGUCACCGCUUACACACCUGCAACCUUGGAGACUCUGGCUUCCUCGUGGUGCGAGGAGGAGAGGUGGUUCUUCGAUCAGACGAGCAGCAGCACUAUUUCAACACGCCUUUCCAGCUGUCUAUCGCUCCUCCAGGAGCGGAGGGGGUGGUGCUCAGUGACAGUCCCGAAGCGGCCGACAGCUCUUCUUUUGACGUGCAGCUUGGUGACAUCAUCCUAACGGCGACAGAUGGCCUUUUUGACAACAUGCCAGACUACAUGAUCCUUCAGGAGCUCAAAAAGCUAAAGACUUCCAGCUACGACAGCGUGCUGCAGACUGCGCAAAGCAUUGCAAAGCAAGCUCACGAUCUGGCCUACGACCCUAAUUAUAUGUCACCUUUUGCACAGUUUGCUUGUGAUAACGGCCUGAAUGUAAGAGGAGGGAAACCAGAUGACAUCACGGUGCUGUUGUCGAUAGUGGCUGAAUACACAGACUAACUGUGUGUGUGUGUGUGUGUGUGUGUGUGCGUGUGUGUGUGCGUGUGCGUGUGCGCUUCUCUGAGACUGAUGUUCUCACGCCGUCUGCCUAAGUCUUUCAGUCUGCAGCCUUCCCAACAUGCACUGCGGGCUGAUGGGAAGCCCACUGACACCUCUCACUCACACUCCACUUGACACGGCCGACCUCCACCGUUUAUGACAUGUUUCUUCUUCUUCUGCUGUUUUAUUUUGGUGCUGGGACGGUUGAGGGGCAGCUGGGAAUCUUUCAUGUUGAUCAUGAUUUGGGAGAUUGGACUGGCCCCCGCGUUUAUUGUCAGACAGUUCUUAGGUGAUGUAAGUAAGACAGUCCACAGUUUAGAUAAACAGAGGGCUUUUAUUUUGAAAAAAGAAAUCAUAAAAUCAUUAAGGAGUAAGCCAUGAUGUUCUUUAGAUUGUAGCGAUGGAGCUGGUUAUUAAACCUCGCCAGUCUCCUGUUUGAGUCGUCCUCGUGUGUAAACGUGUUAGAAGCAAGCGUGUAGGAUGCUGAUGUGGGAUAUGACAGGUGAUGCGGGAGAACACAAUGCGGGAUUUAGUGCCUCGGGUUUGGAAAUGUGAGCCAACAUGUUGCUCAAGUCAGAGGAAUUCGUAAAGUGUCACGUGGAGGUUAAUCAGGUUUAGUCACUUUGCUGAGGGAACUGUUAAAGCGCACAUUCUAAGUUGUAAAUAUUUUUGUGUAUUAUUUUUUUCUUUAAGGCUCUUCUUUAAUGUUUUUGAUUGAUAAAGUAAGGAGCUACGUUGUUACUGGUGUGGAACAUAAACACGUUCAUCCAUGAACUUAUUUUCUUGUGUAGAUAAUUAUUUUAAAAUGAACGUAACCAAUCCCCGACUUCCAGUUGGUAAAAAUGAACAAGAUGUUUGAAAGAAUUCCUUUUGUGUCUUUUGUGAGGUAGAAAAUACGCUAGUGUGUGUGAGUAUAUGUGACAGAUUUUUCAUGUGUGUGUGUGUGUCAUCUUGAAUGUUGAUGUUUGUUUAUAAAGCUAACAUUUGGAAAUGCUUACAGCUGCAAUGAUAGGUCAGGAAUAAAGUAAAGGCGUCUAUUUUUUAUUUUUUUAACAUUACUUUGAAAAGUUUCACGUAAAGUGACAAUGUGUAGUUUUUAUCAUUAAUCUCUGGAAAUAUCCAUCAAAAUAUUGUUGAAAAUGAAUGAAAUGAUGCCCAGUUGUUGAAAAAUAUUGACGGCUUCGUAACAUAUAACCAUAAAAAUCUGGUCUAAAGUACAUGAGAGCGGGUCUAAGUCUCUGCGCGACGCCAUAUUAGAUGCCAUGUGUCCUUCUACAGGAGCCCUUGAGGACAAAACACAUUUACUGAUUUUUAACAAAUGAUUGCAAAACUUUCACCAUUCAUAAACAUUGUUGUUUUACACAUUUACCACUUUACUCAUUACCAGAGAUGAAAGGGAGUCUGAUGUGCAGGGGUCUCCUUUAUCAAACAUUGCGUAGAAUCCUUACUAGAACCGUACUUAAGCUCAGCAAAAAAUAUGUACUUACGCCAAGCAGGUUUGUGAUCUAUCAAACAUGGAGUACGCACAGCUGCACGCAAUCUCCGCUUCAUAAAUCAGAAACUAGAGUUUCACAUCUGCUUUUUAGUCACAUCCCGCCCUCACCACGCCCACUUACUGCCUUAAAUAGUCAAUGCAAAGUGCCUUGGGAAUCUCAUGCAUAUACAUAAGCUAGCUGUUGCAGCGCUCCGCCAUUGACAUGGUGACCGUAGAUCAAGGCAGAUCAAGGAAGCGCUAUUUUACAGAAGCAGAAAUUGAGGUACUUGUGGGUGAGGUGGAGAAAUGAAAGGAAGUGGGUUUGCAAAACAAAUAAGAGAAAAUCCACAGAGUGGCACAGCGUUGCUGAAGCUGUCAAUGUUGUGAAUUCUUGUGAGAGAUCUGUGGCGAGUGAAAGUCACGCACGCUAAUCAGUCACCCAAACGGAGAUUUCACUUGUCCAAGUAGCCAGGGUGCAUGAUCAAUCGGGUCACAGUGACAGGACACACACUGUCACAGACGCAUGACAUUCUGUCUCAAUCUGUCCCCCCUGCUGAUAAUCUGUAUUCCGUAUUCUGCGCUUCAGGCUGUGUGUGUGUGUGUGUGUGUGUGUGUGUGUGUGUGUGCACGCACGUGUGGAGGGUCUUGUUCUGUGUGAAAACAAAGCAGUACAAGUGAUAAUGCUGCAGGAUUUCAUAAUUUUAUCCUUCUCAGCAGCAGCACUGCAGGUGCUCUCCAUGUCCAAAAUGUGCGUAAGCAAGAUCCUUAGUCAACUUUAAGUUGCGCACAUUUUUCCCGCUAAGUUUUCUUUCAUAAAUCCCAAACUUUGCGUGGAAAGUUGCUUACGCAGUUUUCCGACCCUGUUUUGUGCGUAAGCAAGCUUGAUAAAUGAGGCCCCUGGCCAUUUUGCUGAAGUUUGCACUCCCUGGGCCUUUUUGACCUUAAUGGGCAUCCGUUUGUAAGGUUUUACUCCCAACACAAAAAUACAUCUCGCUUGUAACAAUUUAGGCAUCUACUGCCCUCUAUCGCCAUAAAAAAAUACACACGGUCACUUUAAGGAAAGUAAUGGAUGUUUAAAACACAUCUUAAAAUUAAUCCAAUGUGUUUGUACUUUUAAUUGUGAAUCUUUGCGUUUAUUAUUUAUUCAACCAGGUGUCGUUCAAAAGCCGUUCAUCACAUGAGAUGGCUUCAUGAAUCUGUUGGAUCAUUGGUUCAUAAUGCAUGUUAAAGCGACUGAAAAAGCCACAAUAUAUAGGUGAAGGUGGGCAUUAGAUUAAGGGAAGUAGCUUAUGAAAGCAACUCAGUUUCCUCAGAAUAACUCAUGGAAUGAUCUGUUUUGCCAUGCCAGUUUUUUGAUGGGCAAAAGCUGUUGAAAUGAUCAGUUUUCUACAUGUUUAAAUCUUUUUAACAUCCGGUUUUAGGGAAGGUUAAAUUGCACUUUUCUGUCAUAGAUGUCAGCUUAGGGUAAAAAGGGAUUGUUUUAAAUAUUCCAUCUGAUUGUGACAAGAAGCUGCUGCACCACAAAUUACGUAGUUCUUUAUGGUUACAGAUUGAUUUCAUUAAGUGAAUAUAAACUAAAAACUCUUCUUUUCUCGCUCUUCUGUCUCAGAUGUUGAAAAAACAUUUGGAGUUUGUUGAUUUUUAGGUAAAAUUUCAGAGAAAAAAGUUUGUACCGUAUUAUAAUUUCAUCAAGCUAUUAACUCAAGUCUCCUUUUUUGCUGUUUAUGCACCAGAGUAACCCAUACUUUCACAAAGUCACGUCAAAUCUCAAGUUUAACGUAAUUUAACACGAUCUGUGCUUCGUCCUAAAUCCAGCUGGGAGGAAUUUUUAUCAAGAAAUGAUAAAAUUCACUGAUUUACAUUGGGAUUCUGUAGCUAAUGCAUAGAGGAGGCUUAUGAUUCUGUCAUGAACUCAGUGUUAAUGUGUGGGUGGGAUGGAUUUCACCAAAUAGCAUCAAAACAACAAAAAGACACUAAUAAUACUGUUCAUAGUGGUCCGUCCUUUUAUUUGGAGCCCAGGCACGCUCACCAAAGACACACUCAUGUAACAUUAUGCUUUUUAACACGUGGACGACUGUACGUCUGUGUUCAGACGUGUCAGUAGAAAAGCUCAAGAGGAAACUAAAAUGUCUUUCUAUGCUUAAAAUGUCCAAUAGUUAAAAGUUGUAACUAAAGUGUUUUGGGGUUAGUUUGUGUGAGGUUGAAGACAAGGAACCAAAAGAAACAAGGAAAGCCAUAUUAUAUGUUGAUUUGGGUACAGUUUUGUGAAUUCAAACAUUUCCACGGUUCUGUUGGUUUGUUCGCUGUGGAGAAUUUACAUUUACAUUUAUUUUGUGUUGUAUUUUGUGAUCACGUUCAGAUUCAUCAUAAUAAUUAUGACCUGUAGCUUUUUCCUGUAGCUCAAAGUUACCAUCUUCUGUUUUCAUCUUUGUAUUAUGAGGGUGAGCACAGUUUCAGCCUUAAAAGCUCCACCUGUACAUCAAGAGGCCUUUCCUGUCAUUGCAAGAUUUUCCCGCAUCUGCUGCGUUGUCCAGUGGCGAUUUGAUGUAAAUGAUGCACCCCCUCUUGUCUUUUAUCUCCAUUAAGUCGUUCUCAAAAGGUGCUUCUGCAGUCUGUUAGUAUGAUUGUGUUGUCUGCAGCCAGCGAAUGAAAGAUAGUUCUACAGUGUAACAAUGCAGGUCUAAUUUAUGUAAAUACUGGUAUGUUUUAAAACGUGUACAAUAUUUAAAUAAAGAAUCUAGUAUUUAUACUAAA